GGAAUGACUGCGUUAGUCAGUUCGUAUAGACGGGAUUGAACGCUCUCAAAAGCGCAUAGGCAUGGGCAUGGGCAUGGGUAUGUUUCUUGUUUCUUGUUCUUUUUCUCGUAUUCUGGUCGGGGACCGCGGGGUGUGGAAUCAUGAUGGGAAAACUUACCACGCCACUGGAAGAGGAGGAGGAAGUCUAUUUGCGUUGCGAAUGGUGGUUUGUUUUUGGGGCUACAUUUGGGCGGGGGGGCAUUUGUUGGGUUUGUUGUUUGGCAUUACGUUUGAAGAUAUUACUACUAGUCGGGAUGGGGGUCAUCUGUCCUGAUGGGACGGUAUCUGUGGUGGGUGUCCCAUCUGGGUAGCGAGUAUCUAGGGGUAAUGGAGUAAUCUAUAAAGAAGCUCGAGAUGGAAUGGAUGCAUAGUUAUUUGUCGAACAGGGUUUCUUGCCUGGGG